GAUGGAAACUGGGGGUACAGCUAAUCGGAGGAAGGAUCUGAGGGGUUGAAACCAGUUAGCUGUGUUCUACUUAAAAGAGCCUCGGGGCUGAAACCCUGUGAAGUUUCCUUUCAUUGUCUCCAUCUUGCUCUGGGCACGUUCCCGGGGCAGAUGCAGAGUUGCCUCUUCUGUCUCGGUAGAUUUCACAAUCUUCUGCCCUGCAGCGGGUACAGGGAGACCAUGCCGAGAUCCAGGAAGAGGCUGGCUGGGCCUGCUGGGCAAGACAAGAAGGGACCAGCAGGAAAGCGUAUGAAGACUAAGAACCCAGGUGAGGCAUCAACUAGAGUGGAGAAUUCCAGCCCUCAGAAGACUUCAGCCCUUAAAGAAUGUGAGAAGAAUCUAAGCAGGUACUGGCUGAUGAAGUCAGAGCCAGAAAGCCGACUAGAGAAAGGUGUAGAUGUGAAGUUCAGCAUUGAGGAUCUCAAAGCACAGCCCAAGCAGACAGCAUGCUGGGAUGGUGUUCGCAAUUACCAGGCCCGGAACUUCCUUAGAGCCAUGAAACUGGAGGAGGAAGCGUUCUUCUACCAUAGUAACUGCAAAGAGCCAGGCAUCGCAGGACUCGUGAAGAUUGUGAAGGAGGCUUACCCAGACCACACGCAGUUUGAGAAAAGCAAUCCCUAUUACGAUCCAUCCAGCAAAAGAGACAACCCCAAGUGGUCCAUGGUGGAUGUACAGUUUGUUCGGAUGAUGAAGCGUUUCAUUCCCCUGGCUGAGCUCAAAACCCAUCACCAAGCUCACAAAGCCACUGGUGGGCCUUUAAAGAAUAUGGCGCUCUUCACUCUUCAGAGACUCUCAGUUCAGCCCCUGACCCAAGAGGAGUUUGAUUUUAUUUUGAGCCUGGAGGAAAAGGAAUCAAGUUAACUGAAAUACUUGCUGGAAUGGGCAGGACAUUACACCAAAGAAAUGAAGCUUGUAUAAGACAACAGGUGUGAGGAGGCUUGCUUGUUAUGUCCAUCCGAGGUUGUGUACAUAGGUGUGCUUUGUGUACUUUUCUUAAUAAAACGCGAAUAUAAAAUUGGAA